AUAUUCAUCAUUCUGAAUCACCAACAAACUGCAUUUCUCUCAUAUCAAUCUUUUGCAAAAUCUUUUCCCAAUUGUAAUCAGCAAUCUCCAAGAAAGAAAAUGGCCCGAAACUGUGGAUGUGGUGACAACUGCAGCUGUGAUGACUGCAACUGCAACAGGAUGUACGGAAGGACUGAGUGUGGCUGUGGAGACGACUGCAGCUGUGACCCAUGCAACUGCGAUUAAACUUGCCAACCAUCCUGUGUUAUGAAUAUGUGUGAUUUGCUUACUUUUCAAAAAUGAUUGUUCUGUGAACUGAAUAAAUGGGCCAUGGCAUAAUCAGAUCUGGUGUAUAACUAAAUCUGUUGAUGAUUCAUGGUCCAUGGAUUUCUUACUGCGUGUAAUACUGAUUGCUGAAUUAAAAGAAAGAUCUAAUUUGAAUAUGUAUGUUGCCUGUUUUGUUUCAUAAACUAUUGGCAUGAAUUUAUAAAACUUAUAUUGUUUGUGUGAUUAUUUCCUUCCUUCUAGUCUUUAUGAAGCUUAAACAUUGGUCCAACUUAAAUAAGUAUACAACAGGUGAUUAUGUGGCCAAGAGACAAUUUCAGUGAAGCCAUAUCCAUAUUUUAUGUUCAGAAUCAUCAAAACAAUUGAAUAAAGAGAAAUAAUACAGUAAUUUAAUUAUAUCAUUGAUUACAAUUUUACUUAAUUAGAUGGCUAAAGGCAACCCUUAGCUUUAGUCAAUACAAUUGUUUAAGCCAAGACUUAUACAAACAUAAAGUCAAUAAUUUCAUCAUAUUUAGUUAAAAACAUAGCGACAAACAAGGUAGUUACGUAUCGAUAAGCAGUAAUUAUUUUAAAAAUUAACUUUACAAGUUACCUAGAAGAAAAAAUAUGGCAAAAAAUUUACAUCAUUUUUGCAAAGGAACAAAUGAAAAAAUUUCACAAUAUUUUCGUAGAAAGUUUUGUUUCACCUGUAACCUAAUUAGGCUCGACUUUUAAACUUCAAACAUUUAAAACUGACUAUAUUACUACAUUCAACUUUUAAGCUUCAAACAUAAAACACUUACUAUACCCGCCCGCAGUUAGGCCUAGCAUACUACAAUACGUCUUUUUUUUUAACCAAAAGGAGAAUAAAAUUAUAUUACAAACAAGUGAUCACAAGACUAUAAGCAGCAAGCAAAUACGAGAAAAUUUAAAGUCAUAAAAGGGCACCCCAUGAUGCUAAAGUCACAAAAAUUGGGUUAUACUAUAGUCUAUAGUACGUCUUUGAAUCUAUGAUUUAACCAACUAAUCGAAUUGGCUUCACAUCUUGGUAGGACUUUAUUCAUUUAAGCACCAGCUUCUCUUUUUAACGUUUACGUCUCAUAAGUCAAGCUCAAAAAAAAAGAGAACACAUUAAACAAGGCGUUAAUGCUGGUUAAAUUUCUGUAGAAAUCCUGAAACACCUCUCCAAUGAACUGGGUUGAUCUCACAUCUAACAAAUAUGAGAGUAAUCGCCCUUGCUUUAGGGCGUUCGCUCACUGCGGCAUUUCAUCGAACAGUUGGUGUGCCUCUGAAAACGAGCAACAAAUUAGCCCCAUUUACAUUCUGUACUCAAACAAUCAGUGAGCAAUCUGAAUUGGGUUUGAAGAAUUCGAGCUCUAAUGGCGAAGAAGCACCCAAGAUGUUGUCUUUAAGAAUAGAGAGGCUUCCAAGAGGAGAAUCAAUUGGGUUUGUAUUUCAGAAAUGGAUGGGUGAAGGUUUUCCUGUUCAUAGGGGUGAUAUUUUUCAUGCCAUUAAUCGUUUGAGGAAGCUUCAGUUGCAUAAACGUGCUCUUGAGGUAAUGGAGUGGGUGAUUAGAGAGAAGCCAUAUAGGCCAAAGGAGUUGGAUUAUUCAUAUCUGCUGGAAUUUACCAUUAAACUUCACGGUAUAUCUCAUGGUGAGAGACUGUUUACUAAUAUUCCUGUUGAAUUCCAGAACGAUUUACUCUACAACAAUCUUGUAAUUGCAUGCUUGGAUAAAGGAGUGGUCAGGCUUUCUUUAGAGUACAUGAAGACAAUGAGAGAAUUAGGACAUCCUAUCUCUCACUUGAUCUUCAACCGUCUCAUUAUUCUUCAUUCCUCUCCUAGGCGUAGGAAAAUGAUCCCCAAAAUCCUCGCUCAAAUGAGGGCAGAUAAGGUUUCCCCUCAUGUCUCAACUUUCAACAUUCUCUUGAAGAUUGAAGCUAAUGAUCAUAACAUAGAAGGACUAAUGAAAGUUUUUGGGGAUAUGAAGCGGGCAAACAUUGAACCAAAUGAAGUUACAUAUUGCAUUCUAGCGACUGCACAUGCAGUUGCAAGGUUGUAUUGUGGAUGUGAGACAUAUGUAGAGGCUGUCGAGAAGUCAAAAACAGGCAAUAAUUGGUCAACGUUCGAUGUCCUCAUCAUUUUGUAUGGAUACAUGGGGAAGGCACAGGAGAUUGAUCGGAUCUGGUGCAUUGUGCAAGGUUUCCCUCAUGUUAGGUCAAAGAGCUUUUUGCUUGCAAUAGAGGCAUUUGGUAGGAUUGGACAGCUGAAUCGUGCUGAGGAACUUUGGGAAGAGAUAAAAUCGCGGGAGGGUAUGAAAUCAACUGAACAUUAUAACUCCAUGGUAUCUGUGUAUGGCCAGAAUGGAUUUAUUGAUAAGGUUUCGGGUCUUUUUAAAGAGAUGAAGAUGAAUGGAUGCAAACCUAAUGCCAUAACCUAUAGACAUCUUACUUUGGGCUGCUUAAAAGCUGGAUUGACCAAGGAAGCAUUGAAAACAAUAGAAAUGGGCUCGAAGCAAUUCACUAGUAGCAAGGUGAAAAAAUCAACCCCAUGGCUGGAGACUACCUUGUCCAUUCUUGAGAUGUUUGCCGAGAACGGAGAUGUAGAGACUGCUGAGAAUUUGUUUGAAGAGCUUAAGCAAGCUAACUAUACUAGAUAUACAUUUGUGUACAACUGCUUAAUAAAAGCUUAUGUUCGUGCUAAGGUCUAUAAUCCCAACCUUUUAAGAAGAAUGAUUCUCGGAGGGGCUAGGCCAGAUGCUGAGACCUACAGCUUGAUUAAGCUUGUUGAACAGUUUAGGACUUGAGUGGAAACUGCAUCCUUUGCUUGGUUUUAGAAUAAAAAGCCACAACGAUAUUGGAAUUAUGCUGUAAAAUCAAAUGGACGAGGGGCUGGUGGAAGAUUUGAGUGAUCUGGCCGAUAGAAGAUGACAUCUUUGAUCUUUAAUUUCAGCUGCUGCAGCCAGAAUCGCCCCUACGGUGGUGUUGUUCAUGUGUCUGCCAACCCAACACAACCUCAAGGUCGAGUCCUUCGGGAAGUCCAAAGUAUAUCAGUCAACCCAGGACAACCUUGACGUCUAGGGGAAGUCCAACUGGAGCCCAAGCAUGAUGUGGAAUCAAUAACGUUAGACGUGGAGAAAAUCUUGCAAAAUUCUCUGAGUUGCUGUGAUUGUGUAAUAUGUUUGGAUAGUUUUGACGUUGUAAAAAACGACCAUGAUGUUAAAAAUGGUUGUGUUAAGGUUUUGGAGCAAUGUGGGCAUAGGUUUCACAGUUUUGGUAUUCAGAGAUGGCUAAGAAAGCACCAAACGUGUCCUCUUUGUCGCAUUUGUAUAUCAAUUUCUUGAAUCUUUAGCUACAUAACAUGGCAUGAUAUUUCAAUUUUAAAAAAAAAAAAAAAAUCAUAGCUAGAUUUUCAUUAAUUUUUCUCUAUUUUAUAAUAUUUUUCCGCAAUUUCCUUUUUCUUUUCAUUGAUUUGGCUUAUAUCUUCUACAGGGUAUCCUCUCCAUCAUCUUCUUUGCUUGAAAUCAUAUGAACAAAUAACAUUGAUAGUCAUAUUUUAUCAUUCCAAUUACCCACAACUCAAUUUCCUUAAAACUAGCUUAAGUACCGUGUAAUGCACGGUUUUACAUAAUUUAAUUAUGAAUUACAAUGUUAA